AUGAAAAAUAUAUGAAACGAAUGGCAUUUACCUCCAAUGAAGCUUUCUCCUAUAACAUUCCAUUCGAUAUGAGGUUAGAGGUAUUAUCUUUGCAUUCGUAUGAUGAUCGAAUCAAGGCUCAGGAAGAAGAAUGUAAGAUGAAAAACAGUAUGAUAUUUGAUUUUUAUGAGCAAGAGCUUAAGACUGUAGACUCAUAUGUUAAUGCUUUG